AUGAUGGCAGUCCCAUCACGUUCAAAUUUUUUUCAUAAAAAUAUAAGUAAACUUGCAGUAUUUUCUGUUGAUCGAAGUAACAAUCAAUUUACGGAAUCUAUGUGUGUUAAAUCAUAUGGAACAAUUACUUUUCCUGAUAACAGGUCUCAUCAAGCAGAUUUUAUUCGUAUAUCAAAUAAGGCAUCUGUCAUGCAUGUGAAAGAAUUCUUGACUGGAGAAUGGUCUGGUGAACGCCCAUCACUUGUCAUAUCAAUAACCGGUGGUGCAAAAAAAUAUAAUAUGAAACCCAGAUUAUUAAGAGCAUUUCAACGUGGCCUUCUUAAAGUUGCUCGAACGACGGGUGCAUGGAUCAUUACUGGUGGUAUGAAUAGAGGUAUUAUGAAACUUGUUGGUGAAAUCGUUGAGACAAAUCCUGAUCGUUCUCGACCGAUUCAACUAAUCGGUAUUGCUACUUGGGGUUGUGUAUCCGGUUUUGAAGAACUUGAUGUACAAGGUUCGAUUGUACAUUAUGCUAAACCAUCUAGUGAGACAAAAGGUCAAGCACCAUUGGAACCAAAUCAUACUAAAUUUAUUUUUGUCGAUGAUGAAAGUAAAGGACAAUAUGGUGGAGAAAUAGCUUUUCGUGCUAAACUUGAAAAAGCUAUUUCUGGUGGCUUUUUUGCAUCCAAAACUACAACUAAUUCUAGUAAUCUAAAUGCAAGUCUAUCAAGAACUUCAUCUUUACAAUCGGAACAAUCAGAUUCUGUACCUGUUGUUCUUCUUGUUGUUGAAGGCGGUCCAAAUACAGUUCGAACAGGUUAUAGAAAUUAUUUAUCUACAAAUUUAAUUGACAUUCAUCUGUUUAUAGUUCAUGAAGCUGUUGUUCAAAAUAAUAUUCCAGCUGUUUUUCUUGAAGGAACAGGUCGCUGUUGUGAUUUAUUUUCUAAAGCAUUUCAACUUUAUGAAGAAAAUCGUCAAAAAUUUGAACAUAUGGAUAAAACACGAAAACAUGUUGAUCAAAAUAUUAUAUCAAAACGUAAUGAAGAAUUAAAAAAUACACUUCGCGAACAACUUAAAGAUGAACUUCGUGGAAUUAGUGGAGAAACUGAUGCAUCAACUUCUAAUACUGAUAAAAUAUCACAUAAAACUACAACAACGACAGCAGCUGAUAAAACAGAUUAUUUUGAAUUAGUCUAUGAAUGUAUUGAUACUCGAAAAACUUAUUUGAAUAUAAUUAGUCUUAAUUCACGUGAUCCAGUUGAACCUGAUAUUGAUUUAGUUAUUUUACAAGCACUAUUAAAUGCUGCUUCUAUUAGUGAUAAUAGUAAAGUAAAUUUUCAACAAAAACGUGAACAACUUCGUUUAGCAUUAGAAUGGAAUCGUGUUGAUAUAGCUAGAAACUAUAUUAUGAAAGAUGUUCGAGAUUGGGAUAAUAUUGGUUUAAAGAAUUUAUUUGUAUUGGCACUUGAACGUAAUCAAAUUGAAUUUAUUAAAUUAUUUCUUGAACAUGAUUUUUCAUUAACGAAUUUGUUUGGAAAUAGUUAUGAACUUGCUAAUCUUUAUAUGUUUCCUAAGAAAGAAUCUCAUGAUGUUAGAAAACAUGCUCGUAAUUCAUUAUUAUCAAUAUAUACAAGAAUAAUUCAACCAUUAAUAGGUGAUUCUUUUAAUGUUGCUGCUGCAUUGUCAAUGAAAGAAUGGACAACAAAUUCGGAAUCAAUUCAGAAAAAUGACAAUACAACAUGUACUUGUUGUCGACCAAAACAACAACAACAUACUCCUUCAAUUAGUGAUCAUAAUGAUAGCGAACAAUUCGAAAGUAAAUUUUUAACUGAUUUGUUAUAA